AUGGUCGGCCAGCAGAGCAACCAGGAGGUGCACGCCUCCUAUCGUGAGGUCUCGGCCCUCGCCAAGUUCCCCUUUGAGCCAUACUGGCCUGAGCGUACUCUCAAGAUAUGCGUGACUGGCGCGGGCGGCUUCAUUGGUAGCCACCUGGCGAGGCGCCUGAGGUCGGAGGGCCACUACAUCGUGGCCUGCGACUGGAAGCGCAACGAGCACUUUUCGGAGGAUGAGUUCUGCGACGAGUUCCACCUGGUGGACCUGCGGCUGUUUGAGAACUGCAAAAAGGUGGUGUCCGGCUGCGACCACGCCUUCCACAUGGCGGCGGACAUGGGCGGCAUGGGCUUCAUCCAGUCCAACCACUCGGUGAUCCUCUACAACAACACCAUGAUCUCAUACAACUUCCUGGAGGCCUGCCGUCAGGCAAAGGUCCAGCGCCUGUUCUACGCCUCGUCAGCGUGCAUCUACCCGGAGUACAAGCAGCUCGACGUGGAGAUUGAGGGCGGCGGCCUCAAGGAGUCUGACGCCUGGCCGGCGCAGCCCCAGGACGCGUAUGGCCUGGAGAAGCUGGCCACGGAGGAGCUGUGCAUGCACUACGACAAGGACUUUGGUCUGGAGUGCAGGAUCGGGCGGUUCCACAACAUCUACGGGCCCCACGGGACGUGGAAGGGCGGGCGCGAGAAGGCGCCGGCGGCGUUCUGCCGGAAGGUCCUGACCAGCCCCGAGGAGAUCGAGAUGUGGGGCGACGGCAAGCAGACGCGCAGCUUCACCUACAUCGACGACUGCGUGGAGGGCGUGCUGCGCAUCACCAAGAGCGAGUUCAGGGAGCCCCUCAACCUGGGCAGCACCGAGAUGGUGUCGAUGAACGAGAUGAUGGAGAUUGUUAUGGACAUCGAGGGCAAGCAGCAAUACUGGGGAGCGGUCUGGUAG